UAUUUAAAAUGCGUAUAAAUAUAAAAUGAGUGAAUUAAAUGGCUAAAGUGCAACUAUAUGUUACAUAAAUAUUUAAAAAUGCAACAGCUUGCUCUAGCAUGCAUUUUCUUGUUGGGAUUAGCUUACUCGGAACGAGUUCAUUACUAUGGAGAUAAAGUUUUUCGAAUAAUUCCCAAAACCGCUGAAGAAUCUGAUUGGUUACAUUCAUGGAUCGAAUCUACUUUAACAAAGCUAGAUGUUUGGACAAAUCCAAAAGGAGUUGGUCGAAUGACAGAUAUUCAUGUCCGAGCAACUGAUGUGGAAAGUGUGACAGAGGUCUUACAACAAAAAGCCAUAAACUUUACCGUAACCAUUGAAGAUUUAGAGAAAGUGAUAAACCAAGAACAAACUUUUAACCAGCUCUUCUCGUAUAAUACUGGAGUGUACUCUUUUGACAGAUUUAAUAGAUACUUUGAUAUUGAUGCGCAGUUAACACAGUUUGCAAGCAGAAGUUACAAUCAUGCUAAAGUCACCAAAUUUCAAAUGGGAAUCUCAUCUGAAAGAAGAAGAAUCAAUGGAAUUAAGAUAAGUGGAAUAUCAGGACCUGCGACAAAACCUGCUAUUUGGGUUGAUGGAGCCAUUCACGCUAGAGAAUGGAUAGCUACAGCUACUGUUAUGUAUUUAGCAAAGCUUCUUCUUCAACCAAUACGAGAUGCAGAAAAGGUGUUGGCAAAGUAUGAUAUUUAUAUUGUUCCUGUAGUCAAUGUUGAUGGAUAUGAACAUACGCAUGUUGGUGAAAGGUUAUGGCGAAAAACUCGAAGUAAUUGUUCACCUAAUACUAGAUGUUGUGGAGUGGAUCCGAACAGAAACUGGGACAAUAACUUUGGAGGACCUGGAACUAGUACAAAUCCAUGUAGUGAUAUUUAUCCAGGAAAAAAACCAUUUAGUGAACCAUGUGUUAAAGCACUUUCUGAAAGUUUAAAUAAACUUAAAAAUUCGGCUGGAGGUUUAAAAUCCUACUGGAAUGUUCAUGCUUAUAGCCAACUUUUACUCACUCCAGUUGGAUAUACCACCAAUUUACCAAAGGAUUACGAUGAAAUUGAAAGAGUUGGCAAUGUGUUUGCUAAGGCAGUUCGGGCAACAUUUGGAAGAAGCUUUGAAGUUGGUCCUCCAUCAAGAAUUUUAUAUUCAGUUGGAGGUAGCAGUAUCGAUUGGACAUAUGACAAUUUAGGAGUAAUUUACUCUUACGUUCCUGAAUUACGGCCAUCAGGAAAUGCUGCAAAUGGUUUUAUUGUACCGCCCUCUGAGAUUCGCUACUCAGGAGAAGAGUUUACUGCAGGAUUCUUGGCCGCAGCACUUGAAAUGAAAUAAAAUUUGCAGCCGGAAUAUUGACCGUGUUGCAUCAAAUUAAAGAUUUAGAAACCUAUCAAGUUAUUAUUUUAACAACUGUAACUUUUGCAUAUUUUGUAUGUAAUUCGAUGUCUAAUAACGAUUUAGUUUGAGUUUUA